AUGGCCCACAUCCAGUUCAUCUCCUGGGACAAACCGGAAAGCCUGCCGCUUUUCUUUCAGAUGUUCUGGCCAGACUUGGCAUACGAAACGCAAUGGAAUUUACUCCAAAAGCUUCGUUGUCAUCUUAUGCCUUACGCUGAUUCUGGCCCAUCUAUGCAACCAGUUCGAUCGUUGCCAACAAGUCGAGACAGCUUGUCCAUGACGGCCUCGCGGACGCCCCCUCACCAACAAAUAUCAUCUCAGUUGGCGGGAAAUGCUACUACUUCACGGUCAUUUCUCGAACCGCCGAAUCAUGCUCGCAAAUCAACGACAAGAGAUAAUCAGCGACUGCCGGUCUUUGAGCAGCUGCCUAACGAGCCACUAGCAAUCACUCGACAACGCACACACCCUCAGCGGCCGAACCGAGUAGUUACAACAACAGCAAGUUCGCCGCCCAACAUCCCGGCGACACGUGAGGCGAAACAUUUGGCCAAAUAUCCAUUGCUUGACGCUUCAAGUACGCUCGAGCUUCUGGCUCAACCAUCUAGGAAGUCCUUUCAGUCGCCAUUCUCAGCCGAAGAUGUUUUGGAGGUCUUGUCUCAGAAUUUAUUCUCUACUGCAGCUUUUGAGAAUACUCGAGCAGUCAUAUUUGAAUCAGCCGCGGCCUUCUUCGAAAACCAUGGCUGCAGCCUGAAGCAGUCCAAGGACAUUAUCGAUAUCCGGACCAACGACGUCGAUCACGUUUCAGCAGUAAACGUGAAAUCGUGUUUUAUCGAGGUGGAGCUUCGAAAAGACCCAAAGCUAGAGGAAUGCGAAGUGAACAAGUUCAUUACAGCUGAACUACGUCGCGGGAGAAAUUACGAAGAAAUACUGAAUGAGACCAGUCGCGGCACUAUCGCUCGACUGAACCCCAGAUCCACAUCCAUGUAUGAGGGUCAUAAGAUAACUGAAGAGCUCAUAAGUUGCCUGAAGCGCGAAGGCGCCCCGACCAGCGUCAGCCUUGUGGCCAUCGCGGAAGAGGGAAAAAGCGAUCAAAAUGUUCAACUCGAGAUUUUAAUCACAUAUUACCUCACAUACAUAUACUACAAGUAUCAUAGCUGCUAUUACCCGGAAGGUUGCGGGGCGCCGAGUUGUCACUUGCGUGUGAAACCCGCUGCCCGGCCUCACGAACACCACGCAGAAGAUUUCGAUGGAAGCGAUACCCAGCUUGGAUGCACCGCAGCCCGCCUCCCCUGGGGCCUUAACGACGACGGGAUCGGAAACGAGCACACUCAACCGCACUUUUUUUCCCUCGCUGACACUGCACUGCGAGGACAUGACGUGGCGCUAGUGCUCCCCGCUGCUGUUCCGGUAAGAUUGUUUCUUUCUCAAUCCAGAAAAAGACCGAGCUGCAGCGAUGAUGUGCCUUUUCCUAUGAAGAAGCAAAAGAACGCAUUGAAGCUCAAAUCACGGACACAAAGCACUAUCCAGCCACUCGAAAGGACGCGACACGACGCGCCGGCCGACGACCCAUACGCAUCUGCGAUUCUAUCGCAACCGCAAACGAACGCGAAUUACGAGACAGACCCGGGACUUUUUGGAAGUUGGGAUGAUUCGGAUUUGUAUCCUCCCAACGAGCCUUUGAUGGCUAAUCCAGAAAUUCUGGGAAGCUGGGAUGACUCGGACUUGCAUCUUCCCAACGAGCCUUUGAUGGCUAAUUCAGAAAUGCUGGGAAGCUGGGAUGACUCGGAGUUGCAUUCUCUCAAUGAACCCUUGAUCCUGGCCUAA